UCGUGUGGGUGAGCGGGUGUACGAAGUUGCGGAUAAGAGCUCGCCCGCGUGGUCGUCGUUGUUUCCGAGUCUCUCCAUUUCGCCGCGCCCGUUGUCGCUGGGUCCCGAUCGGAUUAACCACCCAAGCUGGGUCCUACGGCGCCGCAACAACGUCUGCCCGCGAACCAGUCGCCGGCCAUGGAAGACGUGGUCGACCUCAUGUGCAUGGAGGCGCCGCAACUUGGACAAACACCGAGAGCUUCGCACGAUUCGGCCAUCGUCGGUGACGCCGUCGUCAUGGCGAGGUUGCUGGGACUUCAAGAUCGCUACGCGGUCACGUGCGACUACUGCAGGCGCGUGCAGACGGAGGUUACGACGCCGAUGAGGAAAACGCUGGCACUGUGGAUGUCCGAGGUGUGCGAGGAACAGGGCUGCGAGGACUCGGUGUUCCCGACGGCCAUGAACCUGCUGGACCGGUACCUGUCCCUGGUGUCGGUGCGCAAGUUGCACCUGCAGCUGCUGGGCUGCGUCUGCCUGCUGCUGGCCUCCAAGUUGCGUCAGACCCGCGCCCUGGCCGUCGACGCGCUCGUGUACUACACCGACUGCUCGGUCACCGCACAAGAGAUACAGGCCUGGGAACUGCAGGUGCUGAACCGGCUCAAUUGGGACGUCGCCUCGGUAGUGGCCAACGAUUUCGUAGACCACCUGGUUGCCAUGCUGGGACUCGCCGACCGCGGCGACACCGUGCGGAGGCACGCCAACACCUUCAUCUCCCUCUGCGCAACCGAGUACCACUUCGUUGGCUACAGCCCUGCACUGCUGGCCGCUUCGAGCGUAGCCGCAGCCGUUCAUGGACUCCGGACACCACUGCCCACCGCAGAAGCGCAGGACGAGCUCAUGUCCUCCCUCGAGAGAAUCACCAAUGUCCGGAAGGUGGAGAUCCGGCGGUGCGUCCUCGAAAUAGAAACCCUGAUGGCGACCAGUGUGGCAGCCUUUCAGCAGCAGCAACAACAGUCCUACUCGAAAAGUGGAGCAGUUACACCGUACCCGAGCUGCAAAAGCAACGCCCUAUUAACGCCCUGCGUCGCUGACACUCAGUCCAGUAAACCCAACACGCCGACUGAUGUUCAAGACAUCAACUUCUAGAUGCUCGUCAUUCCCAUGUGUCCGAUUUCCGUUUCGUGUACAUUUAGAUUUUCUGUGUCAUUCGCUUCGGAAACCUGUUACGUUUCGCGUUCAACAUUCCGUUUUUUACUUGUCCUCAUUCCAUGAACCAAAGAAGUUUAGAUAACUCCCUUUUGCUGGGAGUCACUGUUUAUCUUCUAUUCGACUUCGCUUUUAGACUUCACCUACCGCGCCGUCGGGGACUACGUAACUCAUCAAAAUGGAGUCAGACUCCACUUUUAAAUGUUAUCGUAAACAUCUGGGGAGUGUGUUCACCGUCUUUAGGUUUAGCUAACCUACUCUGUAGUAAAGUAAAAAGAACUCUUAAAAAGGUGUAAAGAUUGACUUACUUAUUUGUAGUUUCCCUAUUCCCCGGUGUAGUCUAUUCAUUCUCAUUAAGCACAAAGCACUUCAUCAUGGCCUACAGGCCUACAAAACUCUCUGUAAUGAACGUUAGUGUAGAAUUUCUGAAAUUUGAGUUAAAAUGCAGUUAAAUACUCCUUCCUGCAAAAGAGAGUAGCAGUCAGUCCCUUUGUUUAUAAAGUGCUUGCUAUGUGCCUCACUCGACGUAUGUUAACCAGGCUCGUCGCGCCACCUGCCGACAAUGUGUUUGGAAAUGUUCUGGCACAAGAACUGUGUGAGCUGUUAUUUACGCAUUGCGGGUCAUUGUUAUCUCGCUGAUGCUGCUACUUCGUAUUGAAGCUGUUCUUUGUGUUGGUUGAAAAUGAUUGUUCGUUCCGAAGGAGCCGAAACUCUGUUUAGGCCCGUAUUGUUGAAGCUCAAGCGCUACAGUUCUUCUAGUGACUUCCAAAGCAUCUUAGCGAUAUACAUUCGCAGCAUUUGCGCGCGACCUGACAAUUUCAGCAUUCCUUCAACCUGGGCAUCAGUUUUUAGCCGUCAUGGAUAGCUAUAAUUAAGGAAUGUUGUAGCCGUGGUAUACCACUACACAUCUCUUAACCCUUUGUCUUUUGCCAGUUUGCCAGUACAAACGCGCAUUUGGACAACUCGGCUCCCUGAACUAAGAGAACACAGUAAAAUCUGGAUCAAGUAAUAACGUAGCGGAAGCGUUGUGCACCUAUGCUUGCACCACAAUUUAAACUUCCUGCCUCCCAUAGGAGACUUGCCGUGAAUAUGUAGGCACUUCUGACAGCAGUUGCUGCCGUUUGUAUGCGUCAGAGUUACCUAAACGUCUGGUGUCUUUAAGCUCGCACCGUGCUUCAACGUCUGAUGGCAGGCAUAGAGUUCUUUGCUGGGCUUUUUGGCGAACGCCUGUUGACCUUACAAUAGAAUGUUAGGCUACACAUACUCAAAGAUCUCAUCAGUUUCCCUGCGGCAUUGUUUAUGUAAGAGAAGGUCAGCGCUAGCUAUUUCCUUUGCACUAACGCUUACUGCCACUGAAGCCAAAGAAAUUUCGCCUCAGCAGAUACCUCCUUCGAGUUAUAAAAUACUGCUGGAUAUUUCGGCAUAUUUCGUGUUGCCUGUCGAUUUCGGGAUACGGAACCCAAGGCUUUGACGCAGUGUUGUCGAAAAUGUCUUCAGAACUCAGCUCUACCCGUUGAUUGUUAAUCGUAAUGGUUACGUAUGACUUUCUUGUUGACUCCAAGUUUCACAGAGUGAAUAAGAAUGAAAAAAAAAAACGAGGUCGCUUUAUCGCCUCUAGUAGGAUCUACUAACCCUGGUUCAAAGAUCUCGGAAAUCUGCAGAGUCCCAAAGCUUUCUUUUCUCUGCAAAGCACAUUUUCUCUUUUUUUGUGUGUGUUCACUUAGUCGUUGGACAAGUGGCGAGUAGGAGAUCGUGGUUAUCUCAUACAACCUCCGCUCGCUCGCUCGCUACUACACAUAUUUUACGCAAAGCUUGCGGGUUGAAAAAAAAAAUGUUUUAUAUAUAUGUGUAUAAUAUAAAUUAAAGUUAACGGGCAUUUGUAUCUCAAGACCGCGUUGCGCACUUUAUGUUGCUGUUUUAUGUUUUACAAGUGCCAGAUCAUUGCUGUUCUCGUUAGAAAAAAAAUGUCAUUACGGUGAUUGUAUUUAACUUGCGUUAAAUACGAGACGCUGAAGAUAGGCGUCUCAUUUCAUGUGAGAAGUUCUCAGUUUGCACUACUUCCCAAUUUGUGCGUUGUGUCUGAAAUACGCGUUUGUUACGUGGUACAAGCACAUAUCAGAGCAAAGCCCACGUAGAUGUUUUGCUUAACUACAGAGUAUUUUGAUGCAUAUGCGUAGUAAAGUUAGGUUGCGAAGUCUGUACGUCGCGCGUACGCAAAACACCGACUAGUCCAUGAUUUCUGCCAGCGGUGAUUUUUCUACAGUAACAAGAGCAAAGUAUCUGCUUUUCUAAAAUAGCAGGGAGCCCACAUGAUCUCAAUAUACUGCAUGAAGUAUACUUUUUUAUUCCAUGCUAUGCCUCAGCAGCCUUGGAGUUGCAAGACUGCAUGGUCUCAAAAAUGCUGCCCGCUCGAGGGUUUUUGAUGCAUUUACAUACCGGUGCUAUUAAAUAUCAGAGAUACUUAUUAUAUGCAAAGGAAUUGUCCCAUAUAGAAUAUCCCAUCCAAGAAACAAAGUAAGCCUUCUAUGGCUGUCUAUUGAAAGGAUCACACAUAUGAAAAACAGCCAGAGUCGGGUAGAUUUUUACCGAGGCCCUUUAUUAAUAUAUUCUACGAGAGCACUUCUUCAUUUUUAUUUGUCACGCGGUUAUUGAAUGUCUCCUUUCUUACGUUGUAUUAUAAUUUAUUGAGUUCGCACUGCACCAAAACUGAAUGGUUCAAGUGUGUCUAGUCCCAUUUUCCAUUUUUUUUUGUGAUUAUCACAGAACGUCCUCGAUAUCACCCGUGGAGACACUCAGAUAAUUACCAUAUUGCAUUAUCGCCACCAGAGUAGCGCAGUUGUAAAGCACCAUGACGUGUACAUAAAUCACCGCCGUUCUCAUUUUAUGAACACAUUUUACGUUUUAUCGUUCGUUUGCCCUCGCACAGUAGAGGUCUCUAUUGAGCUUCUGCCGCGCGCCAUAGCGCGUAAUCACAAGUGUACUCAGGCCGGUCGCGCACAAAUAUGUAGCUUGACCUUUUUCUACGAAGCCGCUCUUAAGCGUGCAUCAUUUGCAACUUUGUUUCAGCCUUUGACGAAUCUUUCUUUCACCCAACGGUGUCACCGUGGGAAAAUGCUCGACGGCAUUAGGGAGUUUUAGCUACUUGGCACUUUGGUUUCUUUAACGCUUCAGAUACCUGCCUGGCGCCCUUUUCAUCAUGCACUAUGGCCUUUCUCAGAAAAAUCACUGCAACGAACAAUGUGACGUAAUAGAUCAUUGCAGAACAACUUGGCAGAAUGACGGUAAUGGGUUUUAGCUACUCGGUAGUUCCGUUUCUUUGGCACGUCGAGCAGUUAACUGCUUAGCGCCAUUUUCUUUUGGAAUGCGCUUUUUUCGAAAAUCGCCACCACCAACGAUAGUGAAGGAUGCACCACGAGACAACAUGCUGACGGUACGACGUUAAUUUUAGCUACCCAGUAGUGUCGUCUGACUGUUACACAAGCGAUACGAUUUCUCUAGUUAUAACACUCAGAAUGGUCUCGGGGCCUCUGUGUGUGUGUUUACACCUAACAAAGAAAAAGACACGUUACUUUACACUUAGCGAUUUUACUUACUGUUCACCAUUUCACUGAUUAUUUUUUUACUGGCACCGUUUAUCACAGAUACUUUGAUACCACUGAAUUAUCGAAAGAAAUACGAAUGAGGGAAUUGCAAGGGUGUUUUCGGUGAACGAUACGACUGCGGACUAUCGGCCACUGCGAUUCAUGACCACGUUCUCUCUCUCUUGUUACUACACACAAAUCUGUGAUGCUUAACUGUUUGUACGAAUGUAUAACCUACGCAUUUUGAUGCAGCGUUUUGCGAUUCCUGUAAUAUUGAAAAUGUGUGUUCUCUCGUUGUGCUGACGAAAUACACAUCUGCAACUGAUUGUUCGUUCAAUGUUUGAACUUUUCCUGUACAUGGUAUCGAUGCCUUGUUCGACAAAAAUUGUGUUACCUGUUCAACUGUUGCUGUUUAUGCCGUUUACCAUCGUUAUCAAUAGCAUUCCAUAGCAGCCUCACUGCCAAAUAUUCGAAACAUUCCAUUGAUGUGUGGCUUUGCUGUUACUCCUUGAAGAAACUGUUUUUUCAUAGUGCUUACAAAAAAACGCUACACACUGCACUCUUAAACAAAUGAACACUGCGGUGUAUAUGUGCCACACAACCAUUGUAACCUGUCUUGCUUACGUUUCCUUUCUUGAAAACGCUGCGCUCGCUACUUUCCUGUCGAGAACGCUGUCAUGCUGAUAACGCGCAUGCCGUUCGUGACUUGGAAGUACCGGGCUCGCAGCGUUAACGAAAGGAAAUGUGAGCAAGACAGAAGGCGUUUAUUGUUGUGUGGCAGAUAUACACCCCAAACGGUGAAACUGGUUUCAGAGUGCGGAAACAAAGGGAGUACUUUCUGUCGCUUACUGUUUUUUCCAUGUUUAACUUCACUCUUAUAGGGCAGGUUAUCUCUGAUGAAGACAUUCGCUCUCUUUGGGCACAAAAGGAGCAAAUGUACUUCACAGGGGAGUAUGAUAGUUAUCUAAGAGGAAGUUAAAUAUGGAACGAGCCGUUAUUCCCACAAAAGGGAGUUAUCAGUACUCCUUUUGUUCUUAAGGUAGAGUAUACCGCCAUGUUCACAAGCUUUCACAGAUUCCUGACUCCCAGUGUUCUUAGGAGCUGUGGAAAUUUUUUUAUCUGGUUGCCUUUGGAAUAAUUAUGCACAUCUUUACACUAAAUUUCAAAGUGACUGAAUACUGGCUCCCGACUUAACCUAUUCAGCAUGUUAAAGAAACUGUAUGCCUUACUUACUCAAGCUGUGUCCUUACUCUUAUACAACCUCCGUUCGCCAGACAGUUAUUCUAGUACAUUGCUGUCUGUGUGCCUUGCCGUGGUUACUUGUUCUUUUCUGGUGUCAUGAACCGCUUGAAAAAUUAGUUUUGCCUCAUCUGGCGAUUUUCAUAAUAGGGAGUUUUAGCGCACCGCUAUCGGGCUGCCUUUGCCGAUACCUGCCAGUUUCGCAAAUAAUAGCUAGGCCGUGCCAGUGUGAUGCUGCGUAUCUAGCCCCCGCACAGAUGGCGAGUCGCAGGCACGCUUGUCGUAAUGGUUUGCUAAAACUCUCAAAUGUCUGCUUUACUGCACAUACACCAGUGCUUUCUCGCAAUGAAACCGGUAUUACGGUGAUAGACACAAAAAUAAUACUGAUGACGUGUGUUUAGAAGACACUUGUAAAGAAGAUUUUUAGAGUAUCAUUGUGUCACCUGUUCGUUCUGCUUUGGAUUCUUUUUCGCGAUAUUUUAUAUGUUCUCUCAUCUCAUGCAGAAGCUGCGAGUUGAGCAGCUUAUGAUGUUUUUGUGAAACGAAAAUUAUUAUAAUAAAAUAUGUUUUAUUGCAUAC